AUGGCGACGGACACCCUCCACCUGUCCACCCAGGAUCAAAACACAGUCCGCGUUUAUACGCAGACGCUCACGAUCUUUCCAUUUCGCAAGUGGAGCCUCGCAGAUACCGCCAUCAAAGCCCUCAAUGAGGGCCUCCGGGCCGCAUUGGUAAAGUUUCCAUUCCUUGCGGGCACGCUCAGCCUUAGCGCUUCUGGAUCAGGCAAACUCACCCUUACAUACCCUACCGAGAUCCGUGACACGCAUAUGAACGACUACUUCGCAUGGAAGACCAUUUCAGACUUUCCCUAUACCUACGACCAAUUGAAACGAGAUGGCAUGCCACCAAGCGCAUUCAAGGCAGAGACCUUCCGUCCGGAUGCUCUUCUCAAAUACCCUGGGGUCCAGGCCGAUGGAGAGGGUAUAGUCGACUUUCAGACGAGCGACGCGCCCGUUAUGAGGGUACAAGCAAACUUCAUUCCAGGGGGGUUGGUGUUGAGCAUAUAUGCCCAUCACAGUGUGAUGGACUGCGCUGGAGUUGCAAACUUCUUUCAGGAGUUCGGUAAACAUGUCUCCGCGGCGCAUACCCCGUCCAAAGCGUACAAGGUCGAUAUCCCAGAUUUUCCGCCAGAUCAGUCAACGCUACGACGGGAACUAGAGGCACGCGUUCCUGCCCCCGCUCCAGGACAGCGAGCUACGGCGGAAACAUACAUCGACGGCACGUACACUUAUCCCAAGACUCUGGAAGACAAUACCCCGUGCGCCCAGAGACUCUUUGUCAUUGCCGCUGACCGCAUUCGAAACUUCCGCAAACAGCUGAAGCCGCAUUUCCCAAUGGAGUCCCCUCCCACAAUUUGCAAUGUGCUAGCCGCAUUGACAUGGAUCCACGUGACCCGUGCAAGGGCGGUAAGAAUGGGCGACUGUGAGCAGAAAGAGACGAAUAUCGCAGUGGCCGUCGACCUUCGCAAAAGGUUGAGCCCGCAAUUGGAAUCUAGCUACAUGGGCAACAUGGCCCUCUUCUCCAAAGGUACCCUGAAAGUUGCCAAGCUACGGGCCGAAGAUCGUGUAACGGAGGAGACGAUCGUUCCCACCAUCGAGGAGAUACGGCGGACCAUUGCUAAAGCCAAUAACGACUGGACGCUGAAGCAUCUUACUUUCUUCAAAUCCAUCGAGCAAAUCAAAGAUACGGAAUGCGCUCUCGGAUUCAAAUUUGGCCUCGAUAUUUACAUCACAUCCUGGAUGAACUUUGGAGCGGACAUCCAGUGGGGCAUACCCGGCACCGACCUCAGCCCCGACGGGUUGAGUGGACGACCGGAGUUCAUUCGACGCACGUACAAUCCAUCGGACGGCGGCAUGAUGAUCAUGCCUCGGAGACGGACACUCGCAAACGGCGUCGAAGCACCCUACGAAGUCAUGGUCCGCCUCGCAGCCGUGGACAUGGAGACGCUACUGGCCGAGAAGGGCGGACUGAGCAGCUGGGCGGACCGGGUGCUCGAUUAG